UGUCACUAAGUGACGCCAUUCGCAACGGCGCGGCGUACGAAAUUCGAUCGCGAAGUGAGCAUAUCUUCUCGAGUUAUAGCAUCAUGUCUUACUUAAUAAUGUAUCAAAGAUCGCUGCCUUACCGAUAGAAAUUUGGAAGAAUGACGAUAGUCGUUAGGAGACAGUACCGGAAGUGUGAGAGCUCCACAAGUAAAAGAUGCGUGGAUCAAGCUCGCCAUAGAUGGGUCCAAAAGAUGUUAGUCCAAGCAACGUUCUGGCACGACCCUUUGAACGAAGAUAUGUACCGGAAAUACAGUACUUUUCUAUCAGACAUAAACAACGAGAACACUAUAAAGACUGAAUAUAUUAAACGACUUCAAUCCUUGGAUAACUUCGUCAUGAUCAAAUUCGACAAUGACACUAUGGUCCAACCUGUGGAAUCAGAAUGGUUUGGAUUCUAUAAGCCAGGCCAGUCGGUGGAUAUCGAAACGCUGCAGGAAUCUUCCUUAUACAUCGACGAUCGAUUAGGGCUGCAAAAAAUGAACGACGACUCCAAACUUCAUUUUCUUUCCGUUGAUGGCAACCAUUUGAGGUUUGAAUGGGCUUGGUUCGAAAAAAACAUCAUCGACCCUUUUUUGAAGAAAUAACACGUUUUUAUCGGAACCCCUUCAAAAUGAGACUGCCUACCUAGUUGUAUGAUACUCAAGGACAAAAGUCAACUGUUAAGAUGAACUCAGCUGUAAUUUUUGUUUUAUUAAAAACUGUAAUAUUGAGGCUCGCUCAAAACAACGCAAUGACUUUUAGAUGUACGAACACAAUGAAGUUAUUUUUCGCUGCAAGUGUUUAUAUUUAUACUAUGAGGGCCAUUUUUAAAGUGGGCACUGAUUGCGCAUCCUGCCACGUGGCGUCUGUUCAACCUCAGACACACUUGGCCAGUCCUUCACUUCGCCGUCCCUACGUUUCAUGUCUCUGUCGGGGUUGGUUGCGUAGUUAUAUGUAGGUUUGUUUGUCGUCAUGUUACUCGGUAAGCCCGUCGAUUGUGAAGUACGCCCAGCAAAUCGAUUCGUAAUCGCAAAAAAAGUGUAUUCUGCUGCAAAUGUUGAGAGGUACGGGGUCUGCUCUCUAACGGCAUCAUUCUGCUUCACGGCAAGACGCGGCCUCACGUUGCUGCAAGAAAACAGACGCAACGGACAAGCUUCGUUGGAAAUUACGGGAUCAUUCACCAUACAGCGCUGACAGCACUAUCAGUAUUUCAACUUUUUCCAAAACUCAGGGAAUUUCUUGGUGGAAAGCACUUGAAAAAUAAUUGCAUGAUGAAAGACACAGUCACUGACUAGUUUAACGGCAACAAAUGUUUAUGGUGACUAGGUUGACAAAUGAAAAAACGUUCAUGAUUUAGGUUGUGGCACAAUUUACGUUCAUAAAUAAAGUUUAUCUGUCUCCAUUACAACACAGUUCUUACUUUGAAAAAGGUCCUCGUAUAAUCUGCUUCAAGUAAAUUUUGAUAUAAAGAUUUUUAUAUUUGGAAAGCGUUUUAAUGGAUGUUUAGUCUAGAAAUGCGGAUAACUGUAGAAACCGAAUAUAAAUUUAUUUCAAAUGCGACUCAAUAAAGGUUUCAUAAACGAGAUUUUUUUCAUAUAAAAUGAAAAACGAUCAACGGGUAUAUAAAAUGAUCAUGUUUAGCCUAGUACUCACUAGUAGACAUGUCUCGCGAUUUUGGUCUCAGAGACAUGUCUAAAGUUGUCUCAGUAUGUCUCGGUAGACAUGUCUAUAGACCAAAUCCGGUCUAUGGGG